AUUCAACAGGUCAGGAUAAGAACUGACCAUUUUACAAUCAUAUCGAUCAGCAGACAUGUUUGUCAGUUUGUCUGUUUAUCACUAACCAGCCAUUUAUACAUACACACACACACACAUAUAUAUAUAUAUAUGUUCACGAACUUCACAUGUACACAUAUAGAUAUAGUUAUAUAGAUAUCUAUACCUGAGUGAAACCAUGAAAAUGUUUUGCUGUUUCAAAUCAGCAAGCCUCUCUGCUCUUCUUUAGUUGCCAUUUUUUUUUUCCCUCAGUGCGUAGUUGUGUGACACUGCUUAAACCACUUCACUAUCACAGUCUUACGUUAUUUGAUAUAUCUUGCUCUUGAUUGACGAGUAUUGUUGUAAAUAUGGAGAAAAAGGAGGGCUUUUUUUCAGCGAUGAAGAAGGAGGUGGAGGAGGUGGUCCGAGGACUGUCACCGAGGAGGUCCAGGGGGAAGAGCCCGAACCAGCUGCGAAAUGGGUCGCCAAAGUCGGGUUUGCUUCCGCGGAUGAAGAGGGCAAACCACCACGUGUCACAUCCCGAGCCGUUGGUUAUGAGAUCGGGCAGUUUGAGGCCCGUGGAGGAAGGCCCACAUCCGGAUGGAUCGGACGGUGGUGAUUCGAGGUUGGAGAGGUGGUCCCACUGGAUGAAGGGCCAGCGUUACAGGACACCACCACGCUCUGUUUCGUCCUCCACCAGUAGUACUGCUGGUUACCAACGGUCCGAUCUGAGGUUGCUGCUCGGCGUUCUUGGUGCGCCGCUGGCUCCGGUGCACGUUAGCAACAAUGACCCUUUGCCUCACCUUGGCAUCAAGGACAUCUCCAUUUUGCAGGAGAAAUUGUCUGCUCAGUACAUAUUGCAGCAGUAUGCAGCAGCAUCGGGAGGACAAAAGCUUCAAAACUCAAUUCAGAAUGCGUAUGUGAUGGGAAAAGUGAGGAUGUCAGCUUCAGACCUCGAGACUGCUACGAAGGUCAUAAAAAGAAAGAAUUCUUCCAAAGCAGCAGAGUCGGGUGGCUUUGUGCUUUGGCAAAUGAAUCCAGACAUGUGGUAUGUGGAGCUUGCACUUGGUGUCAGCAAGGUUCGCGCAGGUUGCAAUGGGGAGCUUGUCUGGAGGCACACACCCUGGCUUGGUGCACACGCUGCAAAAGGGCCUGUUAGACCCUUACGCCGUGUACUUCAGGGGCUUGACCCAAGGACUACUGCAAGCAUGUUCAUUAAUGCAAGGUGCAGUGGGGAGAAGAAGAUCAAUGGAGAGGAUUGCUUCAUUCUCAAGCUCUGCGCUGAUCCACAAACAUUGAAAUCCAGGAGUGAAGGACCGGCAGAGAUUAUAAGGCACGUUUUGUUUGGCUAUUUCAGCCAGAAAACCGGACUCCUUGUGCACUUGGAAGAUUCCCAUUUGACCCGCAUCCAAACCAAUGGAAGUGAUGCUGUGUACUGGGAGACCACUAUUGGUUCAUUCCUUGACGACUACAGGCCUGUUGAGGGAAUAAUGAUUGCUCACUCUGGCCGAUCAGUGGUAACUCUUUUCAGGUUUGGAGAAACAGCAAUGAGUCACAGCAAGACCAGGAUGGAGGAAGUGUGGACAAUUGAAGAAGUGGCUUUCAAUGUCCCAGGCCUGUCGGUAGACUGUUUCAUUCCUCCUACCGAACUAAGGUUUGGUACUAUUAGUGAAACCUGUGAGUUCACUCAGGGAGAGAGGGUAAAGACUGCAGUGGCAGUUGCUGCUGCAGCCGCUUAUCAAGCCAAAAUUGCAGCACGGCGGAAAUCACAUGAUGGUAAUGCCAACAAUAUGGUUUAUAAGAGGAAUAUUUAAGAGAAGGAAAGUGUUUUGUGGAAAAUAUUCGUCCUAUAGGCUAGCCUGUUGGUAUGAAUUAGGGAUAAAUUGUCAAGGUAGACACUCAAUUGAUAAGGAAUUUUGAAGUUGGGUUCACGUUUCUUCAAAUCUCUGUAAAUAGACCAAAUGGUUCACAAGGUGUCUGAGGGGCCUGGGUCGAUCUCUGUACUCAAUGCAGAGUUCCAUUAUGGAGUUGAGGCAUGUUUCCACUUUCAAAUAGGAUAUGGAGCUAAUGGAGGUUUGUUUUUCCAAUUCACCUUCCCGUAUGUGGAUGUUGUGUCACACAGUCUCACUGAUAUCUGAGAUUCACUUUCGUAAAAUCUGUAAAGGCUUUCAUCUGUGAUGCCUGAGAAUCUUAUCUUCUAUGAUUUUAUAAAAAAUGGGAAAGCAUACAAGAAGCGUUAAUGAAUGAGCUUUAUAUUUUGAAUCUGUUUA